UCGGAGUUCGUCUUUCUCGAAGGAAAAUAAUCGACUACCACUUUAAUAUAUCGCUUGGUGCAGUGUGGUACAAAGGAUUCCUCGUCGAGAAACAUAUCAAUCCAUUGUGUUUGAUCCCGGCAAAAUCAACGAAGCGGUGUCUGUCACAGUGAGGAAUAACAAUCCGCAGCGGUAUUAACAUGAUCAGUUCUCUCGUCCAGGUCACCUGAUUGAGUUCGGCUGUGCCUGUGGACGUAUGUUUCACUGCCUGCAUUUUGCCCAAACUAUUCUGAUUUAUUUGAGAACGGCCACAUGAGCUUUGCUGUUGUUUUGACAGGUACAGCCUGUAGUUUAAAUUUAUACUUGUACUUAUUUGUGACUACUGGUUCACGUGUGACGAAAAGUGUGUUUUUGUUUCCGGACUUGACCUUUGAGUGAGUGAGUGCAAGCAUUAGGCACUACAUGUAUAGGGACCAGAGACGUUAGGCAAAAUGGAUGAUCCACUUGGAGCUAAACUUGACAUUGUCGAUACAUACUCGUUGACACGAUGGUCAGACACUGAGGUGCCAGGUUAUCCAGCGUUCAGGAAAACCGCUGGAGACCAAGAAGAGGGGGAGCAGAAUUCCCGAUUUCCUGUUCGUGUUGAUGUGAAUAGCAAAGUUAUAUUAUGGGCUGGUGACAUCACUGAUAUAAACACUACUGCGAUUGUACAUGCUACGAACGAGGCUUUAAAUGACAGGAACCCAAUCAGCGAUAGAAUAUUUGAGAAAGCUGGACCAGGGUUACGACAAGAAUGUCGCAAAAAUAUCAAAACUUGUAGGACAGGAGAGGUGAAAGUAACUAAAGGAUACAAUCUACCGAGUAGAUACGUCAUACAUACUGUUGGCCCACGCUAUAAUCUAAAGUACAAGACAGCAGCUGAAACUGCUUUAUAUAGUUGUUACAGAAAAGUUUUACAAAUUUCAAGGGAAGAGAACAUGUUAUCAGUAGCAUUAAGUGUAAUCAAUUCUGUGAGAAGAGGAUAUCCUCCUGAGGAAGGUGCUCAUAUUGCCAUCAGAACUGUUCGGCGUUUCUUAGAAAAAUACGGUGAAACGUUCGAUGUCAUUGUUUUUGUUGUAAGUGAAAUUGAUGAGGAAAUUUACAAACAGCAACUCCCAGUGUAUUUCCCACGCAGCAAAGAAGAAGAACGAUGGGCGUUUGAUAAAAUACCAGAAGACAUUGGUAACGAAGAUGGCGAGCCAAUCAUUAAAGAAAGGCAAAUCAGAAUAAUGACAAAUCCUGCCAGACCAGAUGAGGAUGAAGAUGAAGACGAUGGUUAUCUGUUACCCGAUGCACAUGAAGACAUGGAGGUUGAAAUUAGCGGUGUUGGUAAACACUCCUUUGCCAGUAUGGAGGAAGAUCCUGAUAAAGACAGGAGGGACAAAUUACAGACGAUACAACAUCAGGAACGGUUCUUUGUUUCCCAGCAACGCAGGUAUGAACGAUGGUUAAAAAGAGCGAGACAGACGGAUCUAACUGAGAUAGCGGCUUUACGAUGUCUGUAUCAGUCGGGAGUCGAUUAUCUUGGUCGGCCAGUGAUUUUUUUCGUUGGGAGGAACUUUUCUGCCAAUACAGUAGACCUUGACAAAGCUGUAUUGUACCUCAUACAAGUAAUGGACACUAUUGUUAACAGAGAUUACGUAGUGGUUUAUUUUCACACUCUCAGUACACCGAAUAAUCAUCCUGAGUUGGCAUGGAUUAAACAGGUUUAUAACUUACUUGAUUACAAAUGGAAGAAAAACCUGCGUACUUUCUACAUCGUUCAUCCCACAUUGUGGUCUAGAGUACUGACAUGGUUUUUCACCACCUUUACUGCUUCCAGUAUUAAACACAAAAUAGUCAAUCUAGGCGGAGUGAAACAGCUGUAUAAUUUAGUUCCACCGGAACAUUUAGAUAUACCGCCAUUUGUCCUUGAAUAUGACAUGAAGGUAAAUGGUCCUGAUUACUACAUAUCAGCCUCAGAUGACAGAUCUAAAGAUGGCUUGUAAACACUGUGGGUUGUCACAGGCCUAAGGAAGAAUAAGGAAAUAUGGCGUUUAUAUCCUGGUCAUUCUUUGACAUUUAAUGGUCAGUGGUCAUCACGCUGUGCACAUGACCCUAUAGGAUCUAUAUCGAACAUAAAAAGGUGUGGUGACCAUUGCUCUGUAAAACUAGUGUCCUUAUAAGUUCUGCAGAGAUGGAAUAAUUUUAAAAUUCCACCUUUGUUGCACUGCUUGCAUUCAAAUUGCAUGUAAACGAACAUGUGUUGUAUAAGUCAGUUGCAUGGGACCCGCGUCAAACACAAUACAGUGACGACUGUGGCCCCUUAGAUCUGGUGAUUGAAAAUCAGAGCAUGAACACGUUUGGUUACACGAUAUUUUUAAUAAAAUUACUACAGUAUGUAUGAAAAUAAAUUAUGACUAAAUGACUGAAAUGAUCACUGUAUACCACUUUGAUGGAUACCAUAGUGUGUGCACCACCUCAAUGCACACAAUGAUCUGUAAAAACUGAAAGCUGUGUUAGACUGUAUAUUUCUGAUUGAGUAACUCAAAUAGUAUGUUUUUAGUUCAUCCGAUUACCGGUAUUAGAACAUAUUGUACAUUUCUUUAGGUCGAUAUAUUUUCAUUAUCCAUAGACAAUGGGUGGCAAUUAUCUGUAUUAUGUAAAUGAAUUAUUUUAAAUGGUGGGACAUCAAAUUAAACUUAAAGGUAAAAAGAAAUGAGGCAGCUGAGGUGUUCCUUACAAUAUGGUUUGUAUUCUUCUUCAGUAUUGUAAAUCCCGAAGUACCAUUUUGCCAGCCAUAUACACCCCGUGCAAACACUAUUUUGAUUAUUAAAUUUACCACUUUCCUAACCAAAUGCAUCUCGUAUAAUAAACCCCACUUUUAUUACCAAAAACACCACUAUCCUAAGCAAAUACACAACAUGAAAACACUACUUUGGUUACCAAAAAUACCACUUUCCUCAGCAAUUACACCACAUGCAAACACCACUUUGGUUACCAAAAACACCACUUUCCUGACCAAAUACAUCUCGUGCAAACACCACUCAACACUUGGACCAGGGUACUUUUGGUAUUUAUUUCCGGAAUGUUAUUUUUUGUUUUCUUUCAGUAAUCAAAUUUUGAUACCAAUUUGUACAUUUUCAUGAUAUUGUGUUCCAAUUCUGACAGACUGUUUUCUAUUUUCAGUAUAACGUAAGUUGCUAUAAUUUUUAUGAGGUGUAGAUUUAAUAAACUUUAAUUUGUGAAA